UUUCAAAUCAACUUUGAUUUGUUUACCGUUUACAAUUUACAAACACUGUGUUAUUUACAAUAAUAAUUUAAAUUCUUCUUAUUUCAUUUAAAAACAUGGAACGUAUUGCAACAAAAAGAAAGUUGCAACAGAUAGAAACGGAAUGCGUUCCUAAAAGAACAAGAGUUAAAAAAUCUGCAGAUACUAAAAAAUCUACUAAGAAGCAUUCAGAAAAAUUUAAAGUUAAAGAUGUUUCAAAAAAGAAGAAAACAACCGAUGAUGAACAUUUCGAAGAGACUGUACCAGAUUCUCAAAUAAGUUUAGAAAAUAAAGACUGGGAUGAAGCAAAGAUUUUAUCAUAUGAAGAAAACGUUCCCCAAGAGUUGGCGGAAAGAUUUAUUAAGUUACUUAACGAAGGAUGUACUUUACCAUUUAUAGCAAGAUAUCGUAAGAAUGUUGUUGAUUAUCUGAAACCUGAUCGCCUUCAAGAAUUGUAUGAAGGUUACCAGAAGGUUACACAGUUUACAAAGAAAGUCAAAUCUGUGAUAGAGACAUUAAAGAAAUCAAAAAAACUUACUCCUGAAAUAGAACAGAGUAUUUUGAAUGCCCAUAACUUAUCUGAACUUGAUUUAUUGUAUGCACCACUUAAAUCUAAUUCAUUAUCAUUAGCUGAAAGGGCUCGGUCUCUCGGCAUUGAGCCAUUCGCAGUAAAAGCUUUAAAUGGAGAGAAUAUUGAAUUACAAAAACUUUGUAAUGGGGAAGAGGAAAUGUCAACAGUUGAAAAAGUGGACUCUCAUAUAACUCACAUAGUUGCAGAUAUUAUUUACAAAGAUUCAAGAGUUUUAAUGGAAAUGAGAAGUUUAAAAGAACAAACAAGAUUCAUAGUACAGAGUAGUCGGAAAAGUUCUACAAAAGAAAAGAAAGAUGAUAACAAGAAAUAUGACAGUAAAUCAGAUCCCGAAACAUAUAAGAUAUAUUUUGAUUGGACAUGUCCUGUUCAAUUUGUUAAAUCUUAUCAAACAUUAGCUGUUAAUAGAGGGGAGGAUGAAAAAAUUCUCUCUGUCAAAAUUGUGAUUCCUGAUUGGUUUUAUAAUAGACUUGAAAGGUAUUGUCUAACGCUCUGGAAAAGUAAUUACUGGGUUAAGAAAGGUUUGAAUGACGCUUACAAUCGUCUCAUAAAACCUUGGCUAACUCGACAAGUACGCUCAGAAUUGACAGCUGCAGCACAGAAGGAAGCUGUGAAAACAUUUACAGCUAACUUAGAGAAAUAUCUAUUGACGGAACCCAUCAAGAACAGAAUAAUAGCUGGUUUGGAUCCAGGAUUUAAAGCUGGUUGCAAGGUGGGAAUAAUAAAUGCUAAUGGUGAAAAAUUAGACGCUUGUACCGUUUAUCCUGAUUUACGAAGACAUAAUGAAAAUGAUCUUGCUGCAAAACAAUUAAAACAAAUAAUAACUAAACAUAGAGUUGAUCUAAUCGGUUUAGGAAACGGCACCGCUUGUCGAGAAACAGAAACUUGGUUAAAAAAUAAUCAAAUAUCUGAGAACAUUCCAGUUAUUAUUGUACCUGAACAAGGUGCUUCCAUUUAUUCUGUUAGCAAAGAAGCACAAAAGGAACAUCCAGAUAUGGAUCCCAAUCUUAUAUCAGCGUUAUCCAUAGCAAGAAGAGUGUUGGAUCCAUUGGGUGAAUUAAUUAAAGUGGAGCCUAAAAACUUAGGUGUGGGUCUUUAUCAACACGACAUUCCGCCGAAGUUGUUGGAAAGUGGCUUAGAUGCUACUGUUGAGAAGGUGGUCAGUUUAGUUGGUGUGGAUAUCAAUACAGCCUCGCAAGCUAUGUUAAGACGUAUAUCAGGUUUGAAUGAGGGCAGAGCUAAAAAGAUGAUUGCGUACAGACAGGAUAAGGGUGGGUUUAAAUCGCGCGCGGAGAUAUUAAAAGUGGGUGGUAUAGGUAAGGUGACGUACCAGCAGUGCGCAGGCUUCCUGCGAGUGCUGACUGGCGCUGAGCCACUAGACGCCACCAUCAUACACCCCGAGAGCUACGAUACCGCUAAGCGAUUCGCCAAAAAAAUUAACGUCAAUAUAAAAGAGUUAAGUCAAGCACAUUUCCCUGAAUUAGUGGAAAGAAAAACUAUUAACAUAGACUUAGUCGCAACUAGUAAAGAUUUAGAUACAGACGUGUCCACUUUGGAACUCAUUAUAAGUGCUUUCAAACAAAAACCUUACGAAGAUAAUGUUAUAAGUUUCUGCCGACCCGUUUAUUCUGUAACUAUACAGACGACAGAGCAAAUAGCGAACGGCACAAAAUUGACAGGAGUUGUUCGUAACGUUGUUCCAUUCGGUUGUUUCGUUGACUGCGGCGUCGGCGACAACGGAUUGAUACAUAGAAGUAAUUUGUGCGGCAAACAGACACCCAAACUGGGAGACAGGGUGUCUGUCACAGUUGUCGGCACACCGAAGCCUAAAAGAUUACAACUGAAACUUGACGAGAUACUGAACUGAAAUCUGUGAUAUUUAGACAAAGAUACAAGAAAUAUACAGAGAAAGCAUACAUGUCAAUGUAAUUAAUUGUAUUUAAUUGCCAAUAGAUUACUAAACUUGACAACAUAUUACCUUUCAAAGAAGUUACCGGUGAAAAAAUGUUCACUAUGUCUUAUCUAUAUGUUUCUUUUAGUCUGUAUUUAGGCUAAGAUUGAAAAUGAUAACAUGCUUGUAAUAUUUAUUGAAAUAAAUAAAAUUAGAAAUAAAGUCAUUCUGCUUCCAGUAUACAUAUACUGGAUUUAGAAUUCAAACUGUA